AUGGCAGCGGCCGGCGCCACCCGCCCGCCCCCGCGCCUCUCACUCACUCCGCGUGGGGGCCAGUUCAGUCUCCGCCACUCGUCGCGCUCGCACCACGGGCGGGGGCAGAUACAGAGGAAGGGUGGUGGCCGGCGAGCGACAUGGCGGGCUCGGCAGCCUACUCCGCGUCCGCCACUGUGGUGGUGAUGGCCAAGGGCAACGGCAAGGGCAAGGGCGCCAGAGGCGGCGGCUCCGCGGGCUCCAACAAGGUGUGGCGGCCUCCUAGGAUUACAUCUAAUGUUAAGCAGAACUUGAGGAUUCUAAAAUUUUGGAAGGACUAUGAAAGGAGGCAAACAAGUGGACCUCAACCUGCUACUAGGUACCGCAAAAAGAAAGUAAUAAAAGAAGUGCUUCCUGAUGACACAGACAUCUACGAGGACCCUUCUUCCACUCUUCACUUCACAAGUCAGGGUUUGGAAAUUGCUUCACCUGUUAUUCUUGUGGACGGUUACAAUGUAUGUGGCUAUUGGGGAAAGCUUAAGAAGGAUUUCAUGAAUGGCAGGCAAGAAAUUGCAAGACAAAUGCUCAUUGAUGAGCUGGUAUCUUUCAGUGCAGUAAGAGAGGUAAAAGUUGUAGUCGUAUUUGAUGCUGCCAUGUCCGGGCUUUCUACACAUAAGGAAACAUAUAAAGGGGUUGAUGUUGUAUAUUCCACUGACUUAUCUGCUGAUUCUUGGAUAGAGAAGGAGGUCGAAGCCUUGGUGGCAGAUGGCUGCCCCAAAGUCUGGGUUGUGACAUCUGAUGCAUUGGAGCAACAAUUAGCACAUGGAGAAGGUGCUCUUAUUUGGAGCUCGAAAAGAUUGGUCAAAGAGUUAAAAGAAUCAGAGAAGGAACUUGAUAUAGAACUGAAGGAAACCAGGUCAACGUCGUUGCAAGGAAAACUUCUGCAGCACAAGCUGAACCCAAAAGUAGUACACGCAUUGAAAGGUCUUAGGAAUCAGCUUGAAGAACAAGAACGGAGAAAAAAGUGACUUUAACUGCUAGAUGGUGGUUGGCAAGAGAAGAGGAAGAAAACAGGUGUACAUAAGUGCAUUUGUGUGUGGACAUCCACUAACAUUGGAUUCAUAGACACUAGACAAGUGAUAGCGCAAAACCGAUGCCAUCAGGAAGGUCCUCAACCAAGACAACAUCAUGAGAGAGCUAACGUCAUGUAAAAAGAAACCUGGUUUUCUUAGGGGACAGUUUUUUGUAGACUCCGUAUUUGGAUCAGAGUCCCGCGGGAAAAAAAAAACCAUGAGCUGUAUAGUAACGCAACUGUGUGCAAGUGUUUUCAGGCAUGUGGAUGUGGGAAGCUCAGUUAAAGAAACGAUGUCAGUAGAUUUUUGAAAGUGAGCAGACUGUAUAUGUCUGCACUUGAAGAAUCUGAUGGGAUUUUCAUCCU